AUGAACCCUGAUCUCACCUUCGACGAAAAGAUCCAAGCUUUAUUGGAGUACAAUCCUCCUUCAGUCCAGGUGCCACCUGGAUCAGAGGACGUUGAACAGCCACUCUCUUUCUACGACAAACAUCUUUCAUCAAACUUGGGCCUGAAGCGUGUUGUGCACCUGCCAACACUCCUGCACUCCAUGUUGAAGGCGAUGGACACCUGUCUGGACUUCAUCGAUGCUCAUAAAAUAGACUUGCCUCUCAUCACUCAUGGCGACGAUUUCCCCUCCAAAUGCCGCCGCGAGAUCCUCAACGCUGAUACGGAAUCCAUAGAUGCAUCGUCUAUCGCCCAAUUAUACACAGAGACAACCGGCGGAAACUGCGAAGCGGUAUCACCUAUGCUAUUCUUAACACCGCGAUGCUCAAUGUGGCUGCCUGCAUUUGGGUUCACUCGUAAUUACAUGGCUGACAAUCCGGCGGACCAGGCAUUCACUGUUGAGGAAUAUUCAGUUUGCCUUGACAUUGAGGACAAGGAUAUUUUCCUUUACCCGGAAGUGAAAGAAUGUCUUACCGACGACAAAUUGCAACUUCUUCGCCGAUUGCUCAAAAGAGACCGCCGUCUGGCUACGUGGGAGUUUUUACCCUAUACUACCCAAGCUAUUGCAGUCAUACAAAACCUUGGUGGUGCCAAGCCUUCGAGUUCCAGGACGACCACACCUUUCAAAAUGUCCACCUACCCACCCAUCGGGAAGUUCCAUUUGCCCGUUUUUGCGGGUCAGAAAAUCGACGAUAUCCCCACCUCCAGCAUAUCAUCGGCUGCGUAA